AUCGCUGGGCAUCUCUGUCGGUGGCUGUGAACUCCCAGGUUUCCUGGUAGCUCCUCAAAAAUGCAGCGUCUGGCGGCUCCUCUGAGGCAGGUACUGCAAGUCAAAAGAGCCCUGCGGGAAGCCUCCCUCACACCUGCUCGCCUGCUCCCGGCAACCCAGCAAAGGUUUUCCACAGUUUCUCCUGCCCCACUGGCCAAAACAGCCACUUGGCCAAAGGAUGUAGGCAUCCUAGCCCUGGAGGUCUACUUCCCCGCCCAGUAUGUGGACCAAACGGACCUGGAGAAGUUCAACAAUGUAGAAGCAGGAAAGUAUACAGUGGGCUUGGGUCAGACCCAGAUGGGCUUCUGCUCAGUCCAGGAGGACAUCAAUUCCCUGUGCCUGACAGUGGUGCAACGGCUGAUGGAGCGCACACAGGUCCCAUGGGACUCUGUGGGCCGGCUGGAAGUGGGCACUGAGACCAUCAUUGACAAGUCCAAGGCUGUCAAAACAGUGCUCAUGGAACUCUUCAAGGACUCAGGCAACACGGACAUCGAAGGCAUAGACACCACCAAUGCCUGCUAUGGUGGCACGGCCUCCCUUUUCAACGCCGCCAACUGGAUGGAGUCCAGCUACUGGGAUGGUCGCUACGCAUUGGUGGUCUGUGGGGACAUUGCAGUCUAUCCUGAUGGGAAUGCCCGACCUACAGGUGGGGCUGGAGCUGUGGCAAUGCUGAUUGGACCCCAUGCCCCUCUGGCCCUGGAGCAAGGACUUCGGGGAACCCACAUGGAGAAUGCAUAUGACUUCUAUAAGCCAAACCUGGCCUCGGAGUACCCACUGGUAGAUGGGAAACUCUCCAUUCAAUGCUACUUUCGGGCUUUGGAUCGAUGUUACACAGCAUACCGCCAAAAAAUCCAGAAGCAGUGGAAGCAAGAUGGCAUCGACAGGCCGUUCACCCUCAACGACUUCCAGUACAUGAUCUUUCACACCCCCUUUUGUAAGCUGGUCCAGAAGUCUCUGGCUCGCCUGGUGUUCAACGACUUCCUGUCAGCCAGUGAUGACACCCAAGCCAGCUUAUACAAGGGGCUGGAGGCCUUCAAGGGACUGAAGUUGGAAGACACCUACACCAACAAGGAAGUGGACAAAGCAAUCCUGAAGGCUUCUCUGGACACAUACAACAAGAAGACCAAGGCCUCGCUGUACCUCUCCACACACAACGGGAACAUGUACACCUCGUCCCUGUAUGGGUGCCUGGCCUCACUUCUGUCCCAUCACUCUGCUCAGGAGCUGGCUGGCUCCCGGAUUGGUGCCUUUUCCUACGGCUCAGGCUUAGCAGCAAGCCUUUUCUCACUUCGAGUGUCCCAGGAUGCUUCUCCAGGCUCCCCUCUGGAUAAGCUGGUAUCUAGUGUAUCAGACUUGCCGAAACGCCUGGCCUCCCGGAAGAAAAUGUCUCCUGAGCAGUUCACAGAAAUCAUGAAUGAAAGGGAGCAUUUCUACCACAAAGUGAAUUUCUCACCACCUGGUGACACAAAGAACCUCUUCCCAGGCACUUGGUACCUGGAGCGAGUGGAUGAACUCCAUCGCCGGAAGUAUGCCAGGCGUCCCAUUUAAAUGUGCUCCACAGAUGUACACAGUGGCUCCAGGGAAGGGUGUGCCAACAGUUUCUGUCCGCAAAUCCUAUUCACAAAUGCUGCUGGUAGCCGGUGACAAAAUCAGUAACCCGCAUACUCAUGGUCCCUGUGGUGGGGAGCCAUCUUCAGUGGAUUCUUCAAUGUUUCUCCUUGCUGCAGUCACUGUUGUGGGCUCAUCAUGGUGCCAAGGGUCAGGGUCUCCUGUGAAAAUGCAGUUGGAGGAACGAAGAUGAGGCUGUCUCUAAAAUACUGGCCUUGGGCACUGUGAUGGGUCAAUUGUUUCCUUCAAGAUCCACAAAAUUUCCAGUCAUA